AUGUUUGGACUUCAAUCCCCGCUGGCGGUCAUCGCCAUUGCGAUAUCCGUCGUCUGGGCUGCUCCGUCUGUAUCCCAGAAUCCCGUCUUCUCAACUACUUGCGAGGGCAAGUCGUACACGUACAACGAACUCGCGGGAUACGGAUUUGUUCCUAGCGACGCUCGAGACAAGUUUGGCGACACAAUUAGUCUCGGAUCUUCAAUCGCAUUCGCGUCCUGGUCCAAGAAGGGAUCUAAAUACGAAGGGAAACUCUUUGGACUGCCUGAUCGCGGUUGGAAUACACAAGGCACAAUCAAUUUCCAACCUCGAAUUCACGAAUUCCAUGUGACGCUGACGCCUGCGCCGGGUGCAACAACUGCUAAACCGUCGCCUCCGAAUGUCGCAUUUGUAUAUAAAGAUUCAAUCCUGCUCACUGGCCCGGAUGGCAAGCCCAUGACCGGCCUCGACGCCGACCAGACGGGAGGUCUCAAGUAUCCUGGUUUUCCCAUUCUCCCGGCCGCAACUUACACUGGGAAUGGCUUUGGUGGACCUGGAGAAGGUGGUAAGCGAGUGACGCUUGAUCCUGAAGCCCUGGUUCUCGCAAAAGAUGGCGGUUUCUGGAUUAGUGAUGAGUAUGGGCCAUAUAUUUACAAAUUUAACAAAAAAGGGAAGAUGAUUGCGGCUACCGCACCCCCAGAGGCCCUUCUUCCUUUGAGAAAUGGAACUGUCAGCUUCGCAUCAAACAAUCCUCCAACAUACGAUCCCUCUAGACAGCCUAGCCCGACCAAUCCUACACAAGGACGCCAGAACAACCAGGGUUUUGAGGGAAUGACCAUCAGCCCCGAUGGAAAGUCUUUAUGGGUGCUUCUCCAGUCAGCCGCUCGUCAGGAGGGGGGUUCGAAUGCAAGCUCUCGUCGAUACACCCGUUUGCUGAAGUACUCCCUUAAGAAUUGCAAGGGUGGAAAGCAGGCGGCUGUUUACAAGGCAGAAUAUGUCGUGCCUCUGCCUACGUUCAAAGAUGCGACCGGAAAAACCUUGGUGGCCGCCCAGUCCGAAAUGCAUUUCGUUUCGGACACACAAUUCUUCUUUCUCCCACGAGACUCCGGUAAUGGACGCGGCCUGUCUAGCACAGAGUCAAUUUACCGGCAUGUAGACAUCUUUGACAUCUCCAAGGCGACAAAUGUCAAGGGGCCGACUCAUGACACCUUCAAUGCAUCUAUCGCGAGCGCAGCUGGGGUUUUGAACGCUGACAUUACUCCUGCUACGGUUUGCCCCUUUAUCGACUUUAAUAUUAAUGCACAGCUCAACCGAUUUGGAUUGCAUAAUGGUGGUCCACAAGAUGGCGGGCUGUUGAACGAGAAAUGGGAGGGCAUUGCUCUAGUACCAGUGAAAGGUGAAAUUGGUGCCGAUAAGCAUGAUGGAGGCGAGUACUUCUUAUUCGCAGCCUCCGACAAUGAUUUCAUCACUCAAAAUGGGUUCAUGAACUUUGGUAAAAUACCAUAUUCAGAUAAGUCAGGAUUCAAUGCGGACAAUCAGAUGUUGGUCUUUAAAGUCACUCUCCCCAAGGGUAGUAAGCCAUUAGUUGCCUAG